UUUUUUUUAGAGGUGGGUAAUUGCUCUCCCUCGCCAAGGCAGGUCUGUCCUUGAUUAUCAUUUUCUUACACUUUCUUUUCUUAUUGAAUCAAUAUAUAGAUCAAACAUAGUCUAAAAAUAGAUAGAUACAAAUCUGGUAUUAGCCAGAGCCAAAUAUAAAAUAAAUUCAACCAACAAACCAAACCGAUAAAAAAGCUAUAAACAAAAUUCCUAAAAAAAAGAAAAAAACCAAUUCUAACCACUUAACUAAAAUUUAACGACAUCACAUCUAUCAAUCAAUCAUUCAAUCAAUUAUGUGUACCUAUCUUUACGAGGAAGAACAAAAAAUGAGGAUGAGUCAUAAAAGAAACCAACUUGGUUUUUUCUUGGCUUCACUGUUGAUUUGGAUUAAUAUGGCAAUGGCUGAUGAGAAUUUUUCAUCAUCAUCAUCGAUUCACAUUGUAUACACAGAACAGCCCCAAAACAACGAGGAACCAAAGGCUUAUCACAUUGGAAUCUUAGCCUCUGUUCUGGGUAGCGAGGCCGCGGCCAAGGAGGCUCUGGCUUACAGUUACACCAACUCUGCUUCUGGAUUCUCUGCUAAGCUUACUCCACAACAGGUCGCCCUCCUUUCCAAAGAUCCACGUGUUCUUCAGGUUCUCCCAAAUAGAAAAAUGGAGCUGCAUUCAGGUAAGAAUAAAGCCAUAGGGAUGUUACAUUAACAUUCAACCAUUAAUUUAAUUAAUUUCUAUAUUAGAUAAUAUAUAAUUAAUCAUGGAGCUAAGAGAGACAGUCGGCCCUCUUUCUUUCUUUUUUUUUUUUUUUUUUUUGGGACAAUAUAAUUAGUUUUUUAAUUUUCAUGAUGAGGUAGUGUUUUGAUUGAUCUUGUAUUAAUAUAUUGUAUGGUACUUUAGCUUAUUUAAUUGUUGUGGUAAAAUAUUACUUAUUUUAUAUAAAGGGAAUUUCUCAUAAUUGCUUUGAAGAAAAUGAUCAAACUUUAAAAGUGGAAAUUUUAUGUAAUUUUAAUGUUUUCUCGUUUGUUGAUUGGUGGUGGUACCCCUUUCUCUAAUGAUCAUAUUGAAUUUAAGUCAAAUUUGGGAAA